UCAACCAACAUCCCGCUUAUUGUUAUUGCUAUUAAGGCCGCCUGAUGCACUGGCCUUGUCCAACUCUGAGCCUCCCUCCCACUCCCCACACUGCCCCCCGGCUCAGCAAGCCAUCCCCGUCCCCCGCCGACCUCCGCUCAACCCAGGUCUUGCGUCGGCAGAUCCCAGGCCGGCAGAGAAGCCUUCCCAUGAAGGUGUCCAGCCAUGCAAUGUUCCUGGAAGGCCGUCCUCCUCCUCGCCUUGGCCUCCAUCGCCAUCCAGUACACGGCCAUCCGCACGUUCACGGCCAGGUCCUUCCCCAGCUGCCCGGUGCCCAGCCCGGCGAACUGUAGCCCUGGGCUCUCGGAGCCUGAGGCGGCCGAGAGGCUCUGUGACGAGGGCCCCACCCCGGCUUACAACCUCUCCCGCAAAACCCACCUGCUCAUCCUGGCCACCACCCGCAGCGGCUCCUCCUUCGUGGGCCAGCUCUUCAACCAACACCUGGACGUCUUCUACCUGUUCGAGCCCCUGUACCACGUGCAGUCCACCCUGAUCCCGCGCCUGGCGCAGGGCCGCAGCCCCUCCGACCGCCGGGUCAUGCUGGGCGCCAGCCGCGACCUGCUGCGCAGCCUGUACGACUGCGACCUCUAUUUCCUGGAGAACUACAUCAAGCCGCCUCCGGUCAACCACACGACGGACCGCGUCUUCCGCCGAGGAGCCAGCCGGGCCCUGUGCUCCCCACCCGUGUGUGCGGCCCCGGGCUUCCCCACCGCCCCGCAGCUGGAGGAGGGCGAGUGCGUUCGCCGUUGUGGCCUCCUCAACCUGACGCUGGCCGCCGAGGCCUGCCGGGAGCGCGGCCACGUGGCCAUCAAGACCGUCAGGGUGCCCGAGGUCGGCGACCUGCGGGCCCUGGUGGAGGACCCCCGGCUCAACCUGAAGGUCAUCCAGCUGGUGAGGGACCCCCGCGCCAUCCUGGCCUCCCGCAGCGAGACCUUCCGGGACACCUACCGACUCUGGCGCGUCUGGGACGGCACGGGCCGGAAGCCCUACAAUCUGGACGUCACCCAGUUGACCACCGUCUGCGAGGACUUCUGGAACUCGGUGUCCGCCGGCCUGAGCCGGCCGCCCUGGCUCAAGGGGAGGUACAUGUUGGUGCGCUACGAGGACCUGGCCCGCCACCCCGGGAGGAAGACAGGGGAGAUCUACGACUUCCUGGGCAUCCCCCUGGACAGCCACGUGGAACGCUGGAUCCAGAACAACACCCGGGGCGACGGCGCCUCUGCCAAGCACAAGUAUGGCACCGUGCGUGAUUCGGCAGCAACAGCCGAGAAGUGGCGCUUCCGGCUCUCCUAUGAGAUCGUGGCGUUCGCCCAACACGCCUGCCGGCAGGUGCUGGCCCAGCUGGGCUACAGGAUGGCCACCUCGGAGGAGGAGCUGAGGAACCUGUCCGUCAGCCUGGUGGAGGACCGAGACUUUCACCCCUUUUUGUGACGCAGGGACCGUAGAGGACGUAACACUGGGGUCGCCGCAGACCCGCCGGGAUCUCCAUGGACCCAUCGAGGACACGCCGAGGACACUCCAUGGAUGUGUCAUGGCCGGGCCAGGGACGCACCGGGGAUGCGCGGGAGGGGGUGGUUUUGAUACGAACCGUUUCUAACUGUUGCCUUAUUCCCGCCCCCCUUUUUCCAUCCCCCCCGCCCCCGUCCUUCUCGCCCUCCUUCUCUUUUUUCUGUCUCUCCAAAAUUUGCACUAUGUCUCGAAUGGGACACUUCGGGGACAGUUGCCCUGGUGGGAGGCGGGGAGAGGGAGAGGUCUCCCCACACCCUGGGCUUCUUCCUGGGCCGUGAUUCAAACACAUGGAAGUUUGGUCUCUCUGUGGAUGGUUAACAAUGUUUACAAACACAUCACAUGCACACACACACACACACACACAUACACUACACACACUACGCACAGACACACAACAUAUCAACACAAAAGAAACUUCUCAAGCUUUCCAAACAGAAGGGUAUUUGGGGUAUUGUACUUUUUGCACUGUUUACUUUUACAAGGUAAGAGAUUUAAAAAAGCCCUUAUCUAUCUAAUUUAUGAAUGGUGUCUCCCCCUCCCCCACAACAUGCCUUGCCCCUCCCAGUGAUCUUCCCCAAAGAGCAGCAAAUCCCUGGACUUUGUUUUCCCCCUCCCUCCCUCCUCCCCAUUGGUGAGCAGGUUUUACUGUGAGGUGAAUGUACGUCUCCUUGUUUUUUCAGUCUGUUGCGAUCAUGUCUGUUUGUCUGAGUCUUGUUGCUGGACCUGAGCAGUUGGUUGCUGGUUGUUAUUUUUUUGGGGUACUGGUCAGUUUUUGGUUCAUCUGUGACAUUUCUUUGUGCCAAAACAAUGAAAAAAUGGAAAAAAAAAAGAAUUGGGGCAGUUUGCUAAAUGAAAAGAAAUUAAAUGCU